AUGAACAUCCACAAAGCGGGCGCCUAUGUGAUUCUCCAGAUGUUUGAUGUUAGCAUAUACAUGCCGCUUUAUGUUGUGCCACGGAAUGAGCGCCUUGAUGAGAAGCUAGUUUUGAAAAACAUCAAGGUGGAGGCAAAUAAUGCGCAGCAGCUGUUUGGAGCACUGGCAAAGCACGAGGAGGGGGCCAACUAUAGAAUAGAUCAUGCAGAUGUGUAUAGAAUAAGCAACGAUGUUUACAAAAGCAUGGAUGAGUCUGAGCCACAGGAAGUAGUCCUUGGGGCAAUGGCAUUUGACUUUUCCAUGCUAAAGGCGCUUAUUAGCCGAGGAAGCAAGCAGAAUGCAUUGACUCCUCCAGAAAUAAAGAUCAAGAGCAUAGACAUGGGCAUUCCGCUUGGAGUGCAAAUCUUUUUGCAUGUGCCUAUCGUGCUUGUAGUGAUGGUUGUGUUCUACCUGUUUAUGUCGUUUGGAGGCGAAGGUGUGAGAGGGCUGUCGUGCAAGGAGAUAGAGAAGAUACCGCUGUGCCUAUACUCAUCCCAUGAAUUCAUCAACAAGGGAUGCACUAUAUGCCUGGAAGACUUUGAAGGAUGCAGUCGUGUGCGCCAUCUGGAAUGUGGGCAUGUGUUCCAUGCAGAAUGUGUUGAUAGGUGGCUGCGAAGGAACUUUGUGUGUCCUACAUGCCGGAAAAGAAUUGCUGUAGAUGGCAGGAAAAGCUAUAGUAGGAGGGAUGUUCAUGUGCUGUAG